AUGUCAAUAUGUGACACAGACCAGAUCCAGGACCGGGAUCAGAUCCAGGACCAGGACCAGAUCCAGGACCAGGACCAGGACCAGGAGUCCAGCAGCAGGACCAAAGCGGACUCUUCCUCCGCUGGUCUGCAGAAACAUAAAGCCAAAGAGAGAACCACAAGUUACUGCUGUGAUAGGGGGGAUAAAGUCCUCACCACUUCACCAGAUCUGAAGGUCCGAAAGAGGAUUCAUACUGAAGAGAAGCUGUAUAGAUGUGAUCAGUGUGGGGCCGCUUUUAACCUGUCAGGUAAUCUAAGGCGUCAUCAGCGUAUCCACACUGGAGAAAAGCCGUACAAAUGUGAUCAGUGUGGGGCAGCUUUUACCCAACAAGGUGAUCUAAGGAGUCAUCAGCGAAUUCACACUGGAGAAAAGCCAUACAAAUGUGAUCAGUGUGGGGCAGCUUUUACCCUACAAGGUCAUCUAAGGCGUCAUCAACGAAUUCACACUGGAGAAAAGCCUUACAGAUGUGAUCAGUGUGAUGCAGCUUUUACCCUGUCAGGUCAUCUAAGGAAUCAUCAGCGUAUUCACACUGGAGAAAAGCCUUACAUAUGUGAUCAGUGUGGGGCAGCUUUUACCAUGUCAGGUGAUCUAAGGCGUCAUCAGCGUAUCCACACUGGAGAAAAGCCGUACAGAUGUGAUCAGUGUGGGGCAGCUUUUACCCAACAAGGUGAUCUAAGGAGUCAUCAGCGUAUCCACACUGGAGAAAAGCCGUACAAAUGUGAUCAGUGUGGGGCAGCUUUUACCCGACAAGGUCAUCUAAGGAGUCAUCAGCGUAUUCACACUGGAGAAAAGUCUUUCAGAUGUGAUCAGUGUGGGGCAGCUUUUACCGAACAAGGUCAUCUGAGGCGUCAUCAGCGUAUUCACACUGGGGUUAAGCCUCACAGAUGUGAUCAGUGUGGGGCAGCUUUUACCCAAAAAGGUCAUCUAAGGAGUCAUCAGCAUAUUCACAUUGGGGAUAAGCCUUACAGAUGUGAUCAGUGUGGGGCAACUUUUACCAAGUCAGGUAAUCUAAGGCGUCAUCAGCGUAUUCACACUGGAGAAAAGCCUUACAUAUGUGAUCAGUGUGGGGCAGCUUUUACCCAUCAAGGUAGUCUGAGGAGUCAUCAGCUUAUUCACACUGGGGAUAAGCCUUACAGAUGUGAUCAGUGUGGGGCAGCUUUUACCCAACAAGGUAGCCUGAGGAGUCAUCAGCGUAUUCACACUGGGGAUAAGCCUUACACAUGUGAUCAGUGUGGGGCAGCUUUUACCCAACAAGGUCAUCUAAGGCGUCAUCAGCGUAUUCACACUGAAUAAAAAAUCGCCUGUGAUCAGUGUGGGGCAGCUUUUACUCAGCGAGCUCAGUUAAAGGUACCAAGGUUCCCUAUGAAGCUCCCAGACCCCUUAGGUCUUCUGGAUCUGGUUUGUUGUGUGUCCCAAGAACCAGAACUAAACAAGGUGAGGCAGCGUUCAGUUAUUCUGCUCCUCACCGGUGGAACAAACUUCCUGUAGACCUGAGGUCUGCUCCAACCGUCAGCUCCUUUAAAUCAGGGUUAAAAACAUUACUGUUUACUCAAGCGUACUCCUAAAUUAAACUUACCUGCUGUAUUCUACUGCCCUUAUUUUUAACAGCUUUUGUUUUUUAUUAUUUUACUUCUUUUCUUAUCAUCUUAUUCUUAAUUUUUUUACUGUCUAAUUAUGUCUUGCUGCUUUUAAUGUCAAUGUAAAGCACUUUGAAUUACCUUGUGUUGAAUUGUGCCAUAUAAAUAAAUUUGCCUUGCCUUGCCUUGCCUACCAAUUUAGACAUGUUCUGAGAAAAAAUAAAUCUUGUUUUGUUUUCAGUUUCAAUUGAAAAAUGUGUUUAUCUUAAAUUUGUUUUUUCACCAGUUUAUUAUUCAUUGUUCUGGGUCUAGAAAAUCAUUUAAAUUAAAAAGUUCUUUGUUUGUCUGCUGGAUUUCAGUUUCCUGCUCACUGCAAACUCACAACAAUACAACAGUGUCAGAAUAUUAGAAAAGAGUCACACAGUAGUGCGUUUUUAUCACCAUAUGUACUAUUCGUGCUGGAUUUAAAUUACCUCUGGACCUGCAAUGAUAAAUGACACCAUGACAUCUGUAUUUCGUUCAGCUGAUUUACACUAGAUAAGUGAAGUCUGUGUUGUACUGCCCUCAUUCUGUUGAAAAAUUCCCUUUUAUUUAACACUACAUUUUAAUAUUGAGUCACAGGCAACUGAGCAGACACUUAAGUUAGUUUUCAGUGACUACCAUGUCACAUUCUGAAAAGAGACUACAACAACUAGAACUAUAAUUAAAAUCACUCAACAAGAGUGGCCUGGGGUUGAUUUACACUUAAUAUUUAAAGUGAUAUAGUACUAAGUGUGAUACUGAGUGUCAUCUACAGCAGGGGAGCAGGGGUUCUUAACCUUUCUGACAUUGGGGCCCAAUUUUUUCAGUACAGAGUGGCCCG